UUUUUUUUUUUUUAAUCCCCGCACCAAGCGCUUAACCUCAUUGGGGUGGAGGAGAAGGCGGCGGCUCUCUGGUCCGCAGCGGCAACAGUCACGAAAAACAGGGCUAAUGGACUGCUGAAUUAUGAAGUAUUUCAGACCCAAUAGUAGAACAUCACUCUGCUACUCACUCCUUUAUCUCCUACUAGUUAUUUAAAUUGGACUUUUAAUAUCCUACCAGCUGCUCUUCAGACACACAUGGUGCAUUGUUGCCAUUCCCCAGAUUGCAUCUUUGAAACACAGGCUCUUAGUAACCUUCAGCGAACAAAGAGGCAACCUCCCAGAUACGUCUGCUGGGAGGGAGUCAUCCUGACUGCCCUCUAGCUUUUGCUGGAUCUGGAUUUGAAUUCCAUCAUGGAGCCUCGCAUGGAGUCCUGCCUGGCGCAGGUGUUGCAGAAGGAUGUUGGGAAACGAUUGCAGGUUGGCCAAGAGCUGAUAGACUAUUUCUCAGAUAAACAGAAGUCUGCUGACCUUGAGCAUGACCAGACCAUGUUAGAUAAACUUGUGGAUGGACUUGCUACCUCUUGGGUGAACUCUAGCAAUUACAAGGUGGUUCUGCUGGGCAUGGACAUCCUGUCCGCCCUCGUGACCCGGCUGCAGGAUCGGUUCAAGGCGCAGAUCGGCACAGUGCUGCCAAGUCUAAUAGACAGACUAGGAGAUGCUAAAGACUCUGUGAGGGAGCAGGACCAAACUCUGCUGCUAAAGAUCAUGGAUCAGGCUGCUAAUCCCCAGUACGUAUGGGACAGAAUGCUUGGAGGCUUCAAACACAAGAAUUUCCGUACUCGAGAAGGCAUCUGUCUCUGCCUUAUAGCAACACUCAAUGCCUCUGGAGCACAGACUUUAACACUAAGCAAGAUUGUGCCACAUAUAUGCAACUUACUUGGAGAUCCAAACAGCCAGGUUCGGGAUGCAGCAAUAAACAGCUUAGUGGAAAUUUACAGACAUGUAGGAGAACGUGUGAGGGCAGAUCUCAGUAAAAAAGGAUUGCCACAGUCCCGGUUGAAUGUAAUUUUUACGAAAUUUGAUGAAGUCCAGAAAUCUGGAAACAUGAUACAAUCUGCAAAUGAUAAAAAUUUUGAUGAUGAAGAUUCUGUGGAUGGUAACAGACCUUCCUCUGCUAGUUCUACGUCAUCCAAGGCUCCACCAAGUUCUCGGAGAAACGUCGGAAUGGGAACCACCCGCCGGCUUGGUUCAUCCACCCUUGGAUCCAAGUCUUCAGCUGCAAAAGAAGGAGCUGGUGCUGUUGAUGAAGAGGAUUUUAUUAAAGCAUUUGAUGAUGUACCUGUAGUACAGAUUUACUCCAGCCGAGACCUUGAGGAAUCCAUAAACAAAAUUAGGGAAAUAUUAUCUGAUGACAAGCAUGAUUGGGAGCAGAGAGUAAAUGCUCUAAAAAAGAUUAGAUCUUUACUUUUGGCUGGUGCUGCUGAGUAUGAUAACUUCUUUCAACAUUUGCGUCUUUUGGACGGAGCCUUUAAACUCUCUGCUAAGGAUCUGCGGUCUCAGGUAGUGCGGGAGGCUUGUAUCACGUUGGGGCAUCUGUCAUCAGUUCUGGGGAAUAAGUUUGACCAUGGAGCUGAAGCCAUUAUGCCAACUAUAUUUAAUUUAAUUCCAAAUAGUGCCAAAAUUAUGGCCACAUCUGGUGUUGUAGCUGUUAGGUUAAUUAUUCGGCACACACACAUCCCCAGGUUAAUACCUGUCAUAACAAGCAACUGUACCUCUAAGUCUGUCGCAGUUAGAAGGCGCUGUUUUGAAUUUUUAGAUUUGCUUUUACAAGAAUGGCAGACACAUUCACUAGAACGACACAUAUCAGUAUUAGCGGAAACAAUAAAGAAAGGAAUACACGAUGCUGAUUCCGAAGCAAGAAUAGAAGCCAGAAAAUGUUACUGGGGUUUCCACAGUCACUUCAGCAGAGAAGCAGAGCACUUAUACCACACCUUGGAGUCCUCCUACCAGAAAGCCCUGCAGUCCCACCUGAAGAACUCAGACAGCAUCGUGUCUCUGCCUCAGUCUGACCGCUCAUCUUCCAGCUCUCAAGAGAGUCUAAAUCGGCCGCUGUCUGCCAAAAGAAGUCCUACUGGGAGUACCACGUCUAGAGGUUCUACAGUUAGUACCAAAUCUGUGUCAACGACUGGGUCCCUUCAGCGAUCUCGAAGUGACAUUGAUGUGAACGCAGCAGCCAGUGCCAAAUCCAAAGUCUCCUCAUCUUCAGGCACGACGCCUUUCAGCUCUGCAGCGGCUUUGCCUCCAGGGUCAUACGCAUCCUUAGAGUCCAGACACAUGAGGGAAGACAUGCAGUACAUAGGCCUGGACUCAGGUCGGAUCCGCACAAGACGGCAAAGCUCUGGGAGUGCCACCAACGUCGCCUCUACACCUUCUGAUAACCGGGGCCGCAGUCGCGCUAAAGUGGUUUCACAGUCUCAGCGAUCCAGAUCUGCUAAUCCUGCUGGUGCCGGCAGCCGGUCAAGUUCUCCGGGAAAAUUGUUGGGAAGUAGUUAUGGUGGACUUGCUGGGGGCUCCUCCCGAGGCCCACCUGUGACACCAUCUUCAGAAAAGCGAAGCAAGAUUCCCAGGAGCCAGGGAUGUAGCCGGGAAACAAGUCCAAACCGAAUAGGAUUAGCACGGAGCAGCCGUAUCCCUCGACCCAGCAUGAGUCAGGGGUGCAGCCGCGAUACCAGCCGUGAGAGCAGCCGAGAUACAAGCCCUGCUCGGGGCUUCCCUCCGCUUGCCUCUCGACGUCAUUCCAGGUCCACUAGUGCUCUCUCCACUGCUGAAUCUGUUGGGCAGUCAGAUCGGUUUGGGCUUGGCCAGCCAGGAAGAAUACCUGGUUCUGUGAAUGCCAUGAGAGUUUUGAGCACAAGCACAGAUCUUGAAGCUGCUGUUGCUGAUGCUUUGCUGUUAGGAGACUCCAGGAGCAAGAAGAAGCCUGUGAGGAGGAGGUAUGAGCCGUAUGGCAUGUAUUCUGACGAUGAUGCCAACAGUGACGCCUCAAGUGUUUGCUCUGAGCGCUCGUAUGGCUCCAGGAAUGGUGGCAUUCCCCAUUAUCUGCGGCAGACCGAGGAUGUAGCAGAAGUUCUCAACCACUGUGCUAGUUCAAACUGGUCAGAAAGGAAAGAAGGGCUUCUGGGCCUGCAGAACCUACUGAAGAGCCAAAGAACACUGAGUCGAGUUGAACUGAAAAGAUUGUGUGAGAUUUUCACCCGGAUGUUUGCUGAUCCUCAUAGCAAGAGAGUUUUCAGUAUGUUUUUGGAGACUCUUGUGGAUUUUAUAAUAAUUCAUAAGGAUGACUUGCAAGACUGGCUUUUUGUUCUUCUCACACAAUUACUUAAGAAAAUGGGAGCAGAUUUACUUGGAUCUGUGCAAGCAAAAGUCCAAAAGGCUCUAGAUGUCACCAGGGACUCCUUUCCAUUUGAUCAACAAUUUAACAUUUUGAUGAGAUUUAUUGUGGAUCAAACUCAAACUCCAAACCUCAAGGUCAAAGUUGCAAUCCUGAAAUAUAUUGAGUCUCUGGCCAGACAGAUGGAUCCAACAGAUUUUGUAAACUCUAGUGAGACAAGGCUUGCUGUUUCUAGAAUCAUAACCUGGACAACAGAACCAAAGAGUUCAGACGUGAGAAAGGCAGCACAAAUUGUGCUAAUCUCUCUGUUUGAAUUGAAUACUCCUGAAUUUACCAUGUUACUUGGUGCCUUGCCAAAAACAUUCCAGGAUGGUGCCACCAAACUCCUGCAUAACCACCUCAAGAAUUCCAGUAACACCAGUGUGGGCUCUCCAAGCAAUACGAUUGGCCGGACACCCUCCCGACACACCAGCAGCAGGACCAGCCCCCUGACCUCACCCACCAACUGUUCCCAUGGGGGUCUGUCUCCAAGUCGGUUAUGGGGUUGGAGUGCCGACGGCUUAGCGAAGCACCCACCUCCCUUUUCUCAGCCUAACUCCAUCCCCACCGCUCCCUCCCACAAGGCUCUCAGGCGCUCUUACUCUCCCAGCAUGCUGGACUAUGAUACAGAGAACCUGAACUCUGAAGAAAUCUAUAGUUCUCUACGUGGAGUUACAGAAGCCAUUGAAAAGUUUAGUUUUCGAAGCCAAGAAGAUCUGAAUGAGCCAAUUAAACGAGAUGGCAAAAAGGAAUGUGAUAUUGUGUCCCGCGAUGGGGGUGCUGCCUCUCCUGCCACUGAGGGCCGGGGGGGCAGCGAGGUAGAAGGAGGCCGAACAGCUCUGGAUAACAAGACCUCGCUACUCAACACCCAGCCUCCGCGUGCCUUCCCGGGGCCGCGGGCGCGAGAGUACAACCCGUACCCCUACUCAGAUGCCAUCAACACCUACGACAAGACCGCCCUGAAGGAGGCUGUGUUUGAUGAUGACAUGGAGCAGCUUCGAGACGUUGAAUAUUCAGAGUUGAGGUUUCUUAAAAGAACAUGGAGGAGAAAGGAUGUGCCUUUCUGCCAUAGAAACCGUGUUCACAGCCCUACAGUGCCCAUCGACCAUUCUGACCUGGUGGCUGACCUUCUGAAAGAGCUGUCCAACCACAACGAGCGGGUGGAGGAACGGAAAGGAGCCCUGCUGGAGCUGCUCAAAAUCACACGGGAAGACAGCCUUGGCGUCUGGGAGGAGCACUUCAAGACCAUUCUGCUCCUGCUGCUGGAGACCCUUGGAGACAAAGACCAUUCAAUUCGAGCCCUGGCGUUGAGAGUUUUGAGGGAAAUUCUCAGAAAUCAACCAGCAAGAUUUAAAAACUACGCUGAGCUGACGAUUAUGAAGACUCUGGAAGCCCACAAAGACUCCCAUAAGGAGGUGGUGAGAGCGGCUGAGGAGGCUGCGUCCACACUGGCCAGUUCCAUCCACCCGGAGCAGUGCAUCAAGGUGCUCUGCCCCAUCAUCCAGACGGCCGACUAUCCCAUCAACCUUGCUGCCAUCAAGAUGCAGACCAAAGUCGUCGAGAGGAUCGCCAAGGAGUCAUUGCUGCAGCUCCUCGCCGACAUCAUCCCAGGCUUGCUGCAGGGUUAUGACAACACCGAAAGUAGUGUGCGUAAGGCCAGCGUGUUUUGCUUAGUGGCAAUUUAUUCCGUAAUCGGAGAAGACCUGAAACCUCACCUCGCACAGCUCACGGGGAGCAAGAUGAAGCUACUAAACUUAUAUAUAAAGAGGGCCCAGACCACCAACAGCAACAGCAGCUCCUCCUCCGAUGUCUCCACGCACAGCUAAUAGCAGCGCCUGUCUCUUGUGUAGACCUAGAAGCAAUCGGUGGUGCCUCUCAGAGACCUCUCCCUACCCCUCCAUCGGCUGCCCAGUCAGUACAAUGAGGCCCACAAAUAUUUAUUACAAUCAGUAUUUCGGUCCCUUCCAGCUUUUCUGUAGAAUCUUACUGGUAUUGAAUGUAAAGGAAGCAAGGCCUGUAUUGCAGUCUUCAUACAAAACAAAAGGAAAAAGAACAGAAAAGAGCCAUACUGAAACAUGUCUUGUACAGCCUGCUGAGAUGGUGAAACCGUGCGUGUGGGGUGCAGUUUCUAAAAAUCAGAGUGCUCUGGCCACUACUUGGUAGAAAGUAGCUUUUUUUUUUUUCAGUUAAUAACCGAUUUGGGGGUGGGGUGGGGUGUUACUUUGUGUUCCUCCUCCUUAGCCUGUUUUCUUGUGAGUAUGGUCUGUGUGGGGCCCCUUUCACAGCCUACACCAUGAAAGGUGGUAAGUCUUUAAAUUAUGUUCCGAGACCUACUAAAAAUGGGAAUCAAGUCUUGGCAAGAACAGUCUGAAGAUGGCCUUUUAACAAACACUGGGAAUUUCACUUGUCUUAUCCAGACUGGAGGCCAACCACCCUGGCUUUUAGCGUAGAAUCAGAAGCGCAUCCCCUCAGUCUUUCCAGCCCUCCCUGAUCAACUCCACAGACGAGGUCCCUACCCCAGAGCUUCCAUGCAAAGGAAUUCUUCAAGUUUAAAUCUGGACACUAAAAUAAGAUAAAUGUAUGGCAUCAUUUAGGGAUGCCUGAGAUGGCGGUUCACGAAGCACAGAAGAUCAAAGAGUAGUCUUUCAUCUUUACUGCUGAGGUCCUUGGGAACACUGGUAUCACGAGGGUUCUGCCGGGACCCUCAUCCCUGGGCUACUUGGUGAUUCACAUUUAGCACCAACUUCUUUCCUCUCCCUGACGCUGUCCGCAAGCUGUUCAGUUCGAACAUCGUCUCAGUUAAUCUGGGAAAUGGCAUCUGGACCAUCUUAGUUCUUCUCCGUUUAAUGUGCGAUUAAGAGCAAAGAAGAGCCUAGAGAGACUGGAUAUCACAAUUAAUUUUUUAAAUUUUAUAAACUGAAGUAGUUCCUUGAAUGUCUGCUGAUGAAAUAGUAACUGUUUAAGGAAUUUCUGCAGAUUGCAGAAAAACAGGAUUAGAAAUACACUUUAAAAACACAGACACAUUUAGAGUCUCUCUUCCUUCCUCAAGGAACCACUAGGCCCCCUUUAAAAACAUCUUUAGAACCUAAUCACUCCAAUAAAAGUAACUAGAGGUUUGGAGUAUGGUUAAAUAAAUUGUGAUUAAAAUUCUUAAGCCAAAUGGAAAUUCUUAAUCAUGAGGACUUCUAUUGUGUCUUACUGUUGUAUUAGAUCCUAUAAAGUGAACGGAUUUUUCCAUAAAGAAAAUGCUUCUUUUGAGAUCAAUUCCAAUAAGGUAUUUGCUAUUCCGGUGCAGAGCCCACCUGCAACUACUAGCACUGAAAGUAGAGGCUGAGUGCCAGAGCAUGUGAUUCUCACCAUCAUUUCCACAGACCCUCUGCCCUGGCCUCUGGAUUGGCUGUAGGAAGCUGGGAAAGACUGACGUUGUAUUUGGAAACAUGCACUGAAAAUGAAGGCCCCAUAAUGCCCAGGAACAAUAAAGCCAGGGUGCUGACCCGUGUGUGUGUGUGUGUGCACGCACCUUACACGUGUGGUACCUCACUGCUGCUGUUUAGGGAACUUGAGGGGUACAUUUCAAGGGGUUGGGUAUCACUGACUGGCUUUGGCUCAAAAUAUAGCAGGACCAGGUCUUUCGUUGCUAAACACUGUUUGUUUGUUAGUGUGUCAUGAAUGGUAUUUCUUUUUUACACUCUACAAGUGAGUUAGGGAGUCCUUUGUUGAUCCCUCUGUUGUAGGAAUGUGUGUCAGGCUAGGUCAUCCAUGAGUUCCUUUAUGCCUAAUGCAGUUAGAAGGACCCUUCUCCUUGAGCUCUCUGACUCCCAGAAGGCCCCCCAGGCCCCAGUGUACUUAGAAAGGGUCUCGAACAUUGCUGGGCGUCCUCAUAGUACUCACCAAGGGCUAGCCUCGAAUGUCACUUGCCCAAUCUUCAGUCUCCCGACUUAAGAGAGAGAUACAAUCACAUCACAGGUCUCUUGGCCUCAAUCUGAAAACUGCUGCCGCCUCGCCGAGGAGACUCGCAUGCCGCCACCACCUCACUGGGAGGGUGCCGAGCCCACCUUCGCCCCCCAGACCCUGACAGCUGCAGCUGCCUUGCCUUGCCGCCGCCUCCCUGCAGGGCCCCUGUUCCAAUGAAAAACAGAACACAGAAGAGCAGAGCACCUAAGCCUGUCUCCGCCUCCCUGUCUACCUGACUGGCCAGGGCCCUGGGACCCCUGCUGCUCCACUGUGGGCCGGGCAGUCUGACUUCUUGCUUCCUUCAAGCUGCUGCCUCCCCUGCAGCCAGGGUCUGGGCAGGGUGCGGCCGGUCCUCGGGGCACGCAGCUUCCUUCAAGUGCACUGUGUGUGCUUCCCGGACCUGCGGCGGAUGCCACGGGCCUGCCUUUUCUAUGCGCCUCACUAGCUUCCCACCCUGUGCAGGUAAUGCGACUGACUUCAUUGUCUCAUCAGUCUUUUUCUUUCCCUGCCACCCUUUAUUUAUCAAGCAUAAUGUUACACUUUAAAGAUCAGCAAAUAAGAACUUUGUAGAAUCCCACCAGGACUUUGCUAACAAUGAUGUUUGGAAAUUUAAAAAAUGCUCUGAAAAAUAUCAGCCACCAAAAUCAUUUUGUCGGCACUGUGUUCACACGCAUGGUCCCCCACACCCCCAGAUUGGGAGGGUUUUUUUUGUUUUUUGGGGUUUUUUUUUGGGCUUUUUCAUGUUACAUCCAUAUCUGUAUUUAUAUCUUAUUUGUUUCACUUUCAAGUGUAUCAUGGCAAUGUACAGAUUUUUUUGUUAAUAAUGUGCUAGGAUUUGCUAAAAAAGAAAACAAAAAAAAAAACCCUUUUGAGUUUGCCCUAGAAUAAAUGAGACUUAAUUCA